AUGAAGAUGCAAAAGCUGAAAAAAUAUCCCUUUGCAUUGUUAUUUGUUUAUUUAUUAUUAUCUAUGUCACAAAAAUAUAAAAAAUAAUAAUUAACUGCACAAGAAUGAUAGUAAAGGUAUCUAACGUUAAACUUGCAUUGAUCUUAAUUAGUGCUUGAUUUUAAAAAUUUAUCUAAGAAAGAGUCAUGCAUUCAUGCAAUGUUCUGUUCAUUUUUCUACUGAUUUCCUUGACACAUGGAUUUGAUAUCACUGAAGAAACGACAUUGGAGGACUUGUGCAAUAUCUUUCAUGUUCCAAAGGUGAAUUGUACUUGUGAAGUUAUACCCGAAGUGUGCAACUUGUUGAUAAAAAAGAACGACACAUCUGUAGUGAUUGUCCAACACGAAUGUGAUAUUCUAUACCAUUCCAUACAAGAAAGUAUCAAUAUUUUCGCUGCAGUAGUUGGUAUCAUCGGUAACUCAAUUGUCGUGAUGGUUACUGUGCAGUUUUGGGACAAAGCUACAAGAUGUCACCAGUUAAUUGGAGGGUUGGCAACUCUUGAUCUAGCUUUCUGCCUGAUACAAUUAUUAUUCUCCAUUCCACGACUAUGGACAUGCAAAUGGCCGUAUGGGUUGGCCAUGUGUAAGUUUCUUUUCGCUGGGGUAAACUGGUGUCAGGUGACUGCGCUUGGAUUUAUAGGGAUCAUUGCUAUUGAAAGAUACAUUGGGAUUGUUCAUCCAUUCAGCAAAGGUUUAUCGCGAAAGUGGAUUUUUAUUUUAAUUGGCUGCAACUUUUUUUCCGCCAUCCUUUUUGUGACACCGUCUUUACUAUACUUGAAAAUUUCAAGGUUUGGUAUAUGUCAAGAACAUUGGCCUGCUGAAUACAGCUCGUUAAUAUACACAUGGUCGUGGAUGGUUAUUUAUUUCCUCAUCCCAAUUAUAUGCAUAGCUUGUUUAUAUUAUCGAAUUCUUACGGUUUUGAUAAAUGCAGCAACGGUUAGCGUUAGUGGAAAUGACUAUUUUCAACGAAAGAGAGUGAACGAAAAUAAACGAAUAAUGGCUAUUCUCGUUACUGUAUUAGUGGCUUUUGCACUGCUUGUUUUUCCUAACAGAUUAGCCUGGGUAAUUAUUGAACAUAUUGGAGUCAACAACGUGACGAAGGAUACCUAUAGAGCGUUGAAUUUAUUUGGUUUUAUUCCUUAUUCUUUCCAUGUCGCAGUCAAUCCAAUUAUUUACUCACUCAUUGAUGCAAAUUUUCGGCAAAAAGUGAAAGCGUUGUUCCGUAGGAUGGUAGAAAUGAAACUCCAGUCUUCUUCAGGUAAAAGUCAAUCCACUGAACUUAACACCAAUUCGCCUGUAACACAAACUAGACACCUAUGAAAGUAAAAAAGGGAAAACGCGGAAAUUUUUGAAAAGAUUGUCCAAGAGUGUGUUCACAUCUUUUCUGCAGUGGCUAUUAGACAUUAUUUAAAACCGCGGUUAUAGUCAAAGAGCGCCAAAACAUUUUGUUUAUUGAGCCAAAGAACGCAAAGAAGCUUUUUUAUAUGUAUAUACGUAUAGCUUAUAUGUAUAGUUUGUCAAUCCGAUGUAAAAAACAUAAAUUAGAAUUGAAAUAGAGAACAAGUCUUUUCUUGAAUUCCCUAAGAAUAGCAAAUUACAUGAACGAAGAAUUGUUGAAUAUGUGUAUACAGCUAGUUCC